CUGUGCUGUUCGUCUGGGAUCCCUGGUGUUGAUGAGACAGACAUAGGAUAAUGCUGAUGAACUGAGCCUUCUUUGGAUGAGAGGCGUCUCGGUGCUGAGUUGGGAAAAUCUGUGGUGUAUCAGGAAACCAAUGGAGCUGCGUGGGAAAUGAGUGGCUAGAAGGACAGCCCAGGAAACCUUGGUGCUGCAUAGCUGCUCCUGACUUUCGGGCCUGAGUAAGAGGCAGUACAAAGCAUGUUCAUUGGAGACGUAGAUUUCCAGCCCACGUGAGUGAUGAAAUGUCUUGACCAUGGUAGCAAGUGGCAGAGCUCCUCCUUUGAACUUUGCUGUUGAUACUGUGUUGGGCUCUCCGACACGUACGGAGUUGACCACGUGGUGAGGUGCAAAGGAGCUGGCUUCCCUUCCUGAAACAAGAGUUGAAAUAAAAGAAUCUGUCCGGGGACAGGAUAUCUUCAUUAUACAGACGAUCCCCAGAGAUGUGAAUACUGCUGUGAUGGAACUGCUGAUAAUGGCCUACGCACUGAAGACUUCUUGUGCCAGGAACAUCAUUGGAGUCAUCCCUUAUUUCCCCUACAGCAAACAGAGCAAAAUGAGGAAGAGGGGUUCUAUCGUUUGCAAACUGCUGGCCUCAAUGCUAGCCAAGGCAGGUUUAACACACAUUAUCACUAUGGAUCUUCAUCAAAAGGAAAUCCAAGGCUUCUUCAGCUUUCCAGUAGACAACCUGAGAGCCUCCCCUUUCCUACUUCAAUAUAUACAGGAAGAAAUUCCAGAUUAUAGAAAUGCAGUUAUUGUAGCCAAAUCUCCUGAUGCAGCUAAAAGGGCUCAGUCUUAUGCUGAGAGAUUGCGGCUGGGACUAGCUGUGAUACACGGAGAGGCUCAGUGUACAGAGCAGGACAUGGAUGAUGGUCGUCACUCUCCCCCGAUGGUCAAAAAUGCAACUGUGCAUCCUGGUCUGGAGCUGCCAUUGAUGAUGGCCAAGGAGAAACCACCAAUAACUGUGGUUGGAGACGUUGGAGGAAGAAUUGCCAUCAUUGUGGAUGACAUCAUCGAUGAUGUGGAGAGCUUUGUAGCUGCUGCAGAGAUCCUGAAAGAGCGAGGAGCCUAUAAGAUAUUUGUGAUGGCUACUCACGGGCUCCUGUCUGCAGAUGCCCCCCGUCUCAUAGAGGAAUCCUCCAUCGAUGAGGUGGUAGUAACCAACACGGUUCCUCAUGAGGUACAGAAGCUGCAGUGCCCUAAGAUAAAGACUGUGGAUAUCAGUUUGAUCCUCUCUGAAGCCAUACGGCGAAUCCACAACGGGGAGUCCAUGGCCUAUCUCUUUCGCAACAUCACUGUUGAUGACUAGAUCUGACGCCACCCCUGUCCUGGCUUCCACAAGAGAAGGCAAUAUGCAUGAAAAGGCAACACCAUAAAUUAUAGACAUAACACAACUGUUUAUCCUUGUAGGGAGGGUGAAGGUUUUCAGGGACUUGAGCCAUGAGAUCCAACAGAAAAAAAAACAUAUGUAUUUAUAUCAACUAGACCAGAUCUUUAUAGGUGAGCAGAAGAGGCCAUUGGCACUGAGGAGGAUUAUACCUUAAUUGAGAGAGAGAAAGAAAUAAGAAGGCGUUUAGUUUUUAAGUUCCUUUAUUUUUUUUGUAGUGAUGUCUCUUGCCCUCUAAAAACCAAAGCAAAACAAAAAAUAAAGGAAAACAACUGUCAGCUUAUGAGAGAGGAGUGGGGAAUGUUCAUCGCUGCAUGUGAAGAGCAGGAGGAGAUAAACUUUGGGUUUCUGUUUCUGCCUGUGACCUGCCUGAGAGAGCACAGAAGGGAAUGCUUCAUUUAGGCAGCUAAGCUAGACUGCUUGCUGCUGGCAGAGCUAAUCAGCAGAGCAGACCCUUGCCAGUUUAGAGGCCUCGAAUCUCUUAAACAGCAUAGCAAGUGCUUUCAUCAAAACCAGGUUAGCGGAACAUCCAGAAAGGGCAGCUCAGGGCAACCCAUUUGAAGAGCUGGUCAUAUCCUCAUUUCUGAGUGUUGGCAACAAAUUCACAUGGAGCUCUCAGCAGGGCAAGAGAUUCUAGUUAAUGUGCUGGCCUUUUCAUUUUGUGAGCCUUGGAUCAUUAUUGUGCUUCAGUGGCAAGUCACACGAGGACCUAGGUCCUCACUUGAACACUUGUCUGCACUGUGAAGCCAGGCACAAUUUCUGGAGUUGAUAAAAUUGUGACAGACUCAUGGGGAAGGGAAGCUGGAACAAUAUCUGCCUCUAACAGAACUGUGCUUUCCAAAACACUAACAGUGAACCUGCAAUAAAAAGCAUAGGAUUUUUCAUUUUUGGUGCUCCCUGUGAACCCUUUGCCCUCUGAGCAGCUGCUGUAUCUGUAAAUAGGUUUGCUUGGCAGCUUGAAGCCUUCUUCUGCAGGGAAGCAGGACUCCAUGCUUGCUCUUUUCUCAAGUGACACUAAUCCUUGGCUGGAGGGGACACUUGAGAAAGCAGCAGAAAGUGCUUGUGAAUUGUGAUGGGCUUUGUCUCCAGGAAGAUACAAGGAUGAAUUCCCAAACUGUGAUCUCUGCCCUUGGUGAGGCAGGCUAACACACUCCAGUAAAAACUAUCGUCUUUUCCAGCCUGCUGGUGUAAGGAGCAGAUCCUGCCAGAGGCAAUUGCUUAAGAGAACGGUGCUGAUGGAUGGCUCUCUCUAGCAGGCAUUUGUUUAGUUCUACUCAUCCUUCAACUUCUGCCUGUAUCCUUCUCUUCCACUCCAGCAUCUGAAAUCCAAAUGGUGCACAGGGGCAAGCAGUGAUGUUGUGAGAAGGGGGAGAGCCUUGAACUCCAGGCAAACAAACAUUCCUUGGCAGCAGUUUGUCUUGCAGAGCUAAUGUCCUGUCUCUUAGCCAGUGAGGGUGCAUGAAAGCCUGAACCUGAGAGCAGCAGUCGGGUCUUCUCUGGUAUCCAGGACUAAUUAAACCUUUAAGCUAAAUCCCACGAGUAAUACACAAGGCUAGAACUGGUCUUCUGGCUGUGGAUGGUUUUAUUGCAUUUUCAAAGUAUUAGAAACACCAGCCAUGAUCACAAUGUGGCUCCUAGGCCUGAUGUUGUAAUGUGUUACAGUAUUUUAAGUGUUAUGGAACAGAUGGACUGAAGCAUGUGAAGUCCUUGCAAAAAAGCCUGUGUGUCUCCUUGUUGUGAGCCAGUACUGGACCACGCUGUUCAUACUGGGAGCCAGUAUUAAAAAUACGAAAAGCAUUGCUCUUCUGUCCCCUUCAGACUGCUUCGUCAGACCUGCCAGGAGCUAUGUCAGGGCUUCUCAAAUGCUGUUGCUGUGUUCAAACUUGCUUUUACGGGAUUGUAUUUUGCUCUCGCAACUGUUGAACUGCUGCACCAAUGAGCGCAGGGUUGUGCGGGUCCCCUGAGCGUUACACAGGAGCUCCUAGCUGAGUUAUCUUCUGAUCUCGCUUCAAACCCCACCCUGAUUGUAAGCCAAAAGCAAUUGGCAAUAUUGAAAACAGAUGUUCAUGUCUCAAAAUCCUUAACUGCUUUGUAGGAAAACUGGUAACCUGUACUCACUGGACCACAAACGGCCAGGGGAACUGGUGGGUUGGGACAAGUGUGUGUGAGUUAGAAGGACAUAGCACCUGCCUGAUUUAACCUGGCUUGGAUCUAGUUUGCCACUCUUAUCAGCAUUGAGCCUAGUCUCAUUCUUCAUUCUGCCCUGAAAUCCUGCCCUUGCCAUUGCCAUAACAGUGUGCUGAUGUGCUCUUUCUAAAGUAAUCUGCCCCUUUGCCAUUUUCAGGGGUCUUACAGCUUUUUCUGCCAGUCCUGUUUGCUUUCUAGAAAGCUUGAUUGGUCCCUGUACGUAGACUUAAACCUUUUGAACUGGCAGCUUUGCUGGUUAUCAGAGUAAAGGCUUAGGAUCCCUCAUAAGAGGGUUAGCUUCUCGUCUCAGUGCAUGUUCCCAUCUCUUAAUCUCUCUACUCCCUCUUUGAAUUCAGUCUUUGCAGUCUGGAAAAAAGAAAGCACACAACAGAUCUAUAUGCUUUAUUUUUAAUGCCUGAAAACCAAUACUGUGUGUCUUUUAAAGGAGCAAGUUGAUCUAUACUGCUUUCUGCCUGUCUACCCUGAUCCUUCCUUUGAAAUUCUUUGAGUGCCUCACUGAAGAAGAGAGAUAUUAAUAGUCUAAAAAACUGUGUGAUGGUCUGACUUUGUGGUUUUUAAGGGAAAAGAAGUUCUCGUUCCUUAUUUUUGUAAGUACUUGUUUAAUGGAUCACUCAGGUUCAAAGGUCUUCCCAGUGUUUGAGUAUUUUCCUUCCAAGGAUUAUCUGGAAGCAUGUGUUUAUCUGCAUUUCUUUCUCCCUGCUUAUGUGGCUUUUUUGUUUCAGAGUGAGAUGGAAUUGCUAAGAAAUCUGUGUGCUGAUGCCGUUAGCAACAACCUUUCACCAUUCCUACCUCUGAGGCUGAGGGAGAGGGAGAAACUUGUCAAAUUUUUGGUACCUCAAAAAAGACAAAAAUAAAGUCGAACUGCUUCCUCUCUGGAGCUCGUUUCCUCAUGGAAAGUCUCAGACUGAACCAUGCUGUGUGGCCUACAGAUUCCUUCUUUCUGCACGUGGCUUAGUCCUUUGCAGAGGCAGCUCACCCUGCAAGGGAGCUGAGCCUUUCAAGUUGAAUCUCUCUAAGCAUGGGCUCCAUUAAGCUGCUUGAAAAUGAUAGACGUUGCCAAUUACAUUUAAAGUAUUAAAUUGGAAAAGAAUGCGAGGAAGCCGCGGCGCAUCUUCCAUGCAAGUUCAUGCCUUUUUCGGUCCAGGGCAGUGCGUGAGGACAGCUGUGUGGUUGGUAUGAGCACCUAGCCUUCAUAAAACCUGUUUGACCUAGAAUAUGCCAUUCAACUGUUUUCUCUGGGGCAAGUGAUGGGAAUGCUUGUGAAUGUGUGUUAGAAACCUGUAGAGAAACUCCAAGUGUGGAUGCAAAUAAACUCUGAAUUCUCAGCUGAA